CGAACGGCGGAGCGGGAGGUGAGCGGAGGGUAGUGCCCUACGGCAGCUGCACCGGGACUGGGGGGGCCCGGGGCUGUGGACCAGCCUAGCCCAGCCUUUCCUUACCACGUCGUCAAAUUUAUGACAGUCUCGGUGUCGGGCGGCAGCGAUGCCCAGGAUCACGCUGAGGGGCGUCACGGUGGAUUUCCCUUUCGAGCCCUACGAGUGUCAGCAGACGUACAUGGCCAAAGUGCUCGAGUGUCUCCAGACGAAAGUCAAUGGCAUUCUAGAGAGCCCUACAGGUACAGGAAAGACCCUCUGCCUGCUGUGUUCCACUCUGGCCUGGCGGGAGCACUUCAAAGAUACCAUCUCAGCCCGCAAAAUUGCACAGCGUAUGAAUGGGGUCGAACUCUUUCCCGACAGACCCAUGUCUUCCUGGGGUAAUGCUGCCACAGAUGGUGAUAUCCCAACAUAUUACACUGACAUUCCGAAAAUAAUUUAUGCAUCCAGAACUCACUCUCAGCUUACGCAGGUCAUUAACGAAUUAAAGAACACAGUCUACAGACCAAAGGUAUGUGUUUUGGGCUCCAGAGAGCAGCUUUGCAUCAAUCCUGAAGUGAAACGACAGGAGAGCAAUCACAUGCAGAUCUAUAUGUGCCGAAAGAAAGUGAUGGCUCGUGCUUGUCAUUUUUAUAACAAUGUGGAAGAAAAGUCUACAGAGAAAGGACUGGUGGACUCAAUCAUGGAUAUUGAAGACUUGGUUAAAAAUGGAAGCAAGCACAGAGCUUGUCCUUAUUAUCUCUCUCGAAGCCUGAAGCAGCAGGCAGAUAUCAUUUUUAUGCCUUACAACUAUUUAUUGGAUGCAAAGAGCCGACGAGCACACAACAUAGAGCUGAAGGGGACUGUGAUAAUACUUGAUGAAGCUCACAAUGUGGAAAGACUGUGUGAAGAGUCAUCUUCUUUUGACCUGACAGCCUAUGAUUUGGCUUCAGCAAUUGAUGUUAUAAAUGUAGUACUGGAAGAACAAGCCAAAGUAGUUCAACAGAAUGAAGUAAAUGCUGAAUUCAAUAUGGAGAGCAUCAGUUCAGGGCUGAACAUGGAACUUGAAGAUAUAGCAAAGAUAAAGAAAAUUCUUCUUCAGCUAGAAAGUGCUAUCGAUGCAGUGGAGCUGCCACCAAAUGACAGUGGAGUCACCAAAGAUGGAAGCUACAUCUUUGAACUGUUUGCAAAGGCCCAAAUAACGUUCCAAACCAAAACCUCACUCCUGGAGUCACUGGAGCAGAUUUUACAGUUUCUUUCAGGCCGCACUGGGAUAUUUAUCAAUACCUCUGGAUUGCAUAAACUCUCAAACAUUAUCCAGACAGUAUUCAGUGCUGAUCCUCCAGAAGGCACGACAAGUUUUGUGCCACCUCAGUCAAUAUCCAGAUAUUAUAAGGUACACAUUCAUCUGGGUAACAGUAAUCAGAAGAAGAAGAAAGAAAGGACAGAUCUCUGGGAUUCAUCAGCUGCAAAAAAACAAGGUGCAGGAAAGACCUUAAGCUAUUGGUGUUUCAGCCCUGGAUAUAGCAUGCAUGAGCUUGUUCGACAGGGAGUCAGGACAAUUAUCCUUACUAGUGGGACUCUCUCCCCUCUCUCAUCAUUUACAAUGGAAAUGCAGAUCCCUUUUCCUGUUCUGUUGGAGAAUCCUCAUGUUAUUGAUAAACGCCAGCUCUGGGUUGGAAUCAUUCCCAAAGGACCUGACGGAGCUGUGCUCAAUUCUACUUAUGAGAGAAGAUUUUCAGAGGACUAUUUAUCUUCUCUGGGGAAAACGAUUGGUAAUCUCGUGCGAGUUGUACCUCAUGGACUGUUGGUAUUUUUCCCAUCGUAUCCUGUCAUGGAUAAGAGCCUGGAAUACUGGAGAGAGCAUGAUUUUGCUAAAAGAAUAGAAGAAGUGAAGCCAAUGUUUGUGGAACCCAGGAAUAAAGGAAGCUUUGCAGAGGUAAUGGAUGCAUACUAUGGGAAAAUUGCCUGUCCAAAGUCCAAUGGAGCUGCUUUUUUGGCAGUGUGUCGAGGGAAGGCCAGUGAAGGCUUGGACUUUGCAGACAUAAAUGGACGAGGGGUCAUCAUUACUGGCCUUCCGUUUCCUCCUCGUUUGGAUCCCAGAGUUGUCUUAAAGAUGCAGUUCCUGAAUGAAAUGAAAAGAAGUAGUAUGGGUGCACAGUAUUUAUCUGGCCAUCAGUGGUACAAUCAGCAAGCUUCCAGAGCAGUUAACCAGGCUAUUGGCAGGGUUAUCCGACAUCGCCAGGACUAUGGUGCUAUCUUCCUGUGUGAUGACAGAUUCACAACCGAUAACGUAAGAGGCAAACUGCCUUCAUGGGUCCGCCCUUAUGUGAACGUUUAUGACAACUUUGGGCAUGCAGUCAGAAGUGUCUCAGUCUUCUUCCGUGUUGCUCAAGAAAUUAUGCCCCCGCCUGUGACACAAUGCCUUUCUGGCUCUGCUGUUACUCUCAGUGAAGAUGGUGUGGAACCUUCUACUUCAUCUGAGCAGAUCCUCUCCCUGAAAAAAGCCAAAAUUUUGGAUGACCAUGUUCCCAGUUUGAAGAGGAAAAGGGAAGUAAUGCCAGUAAAUGGAGAUGGAACAUCCAGCCUAUGCACAGAAUAUGAACAAGAAAUGAUCUCACCUAGAAGACGAUGCAUUGGGCUUCUGGAUGCGUUGGAGCGCAAUGAGAAGAACAGCAAAGAGGCCGAGGAAGGUGAUGAUUUGUCAGGAGAGGAAAAGGCACAACGUCUGUCAACGCUUUCCCUUCAGUAUGAGAAGAGGUUAACAGAUGAGCAGAAAGGAGGAAGGAAGAAAAUAAAGCUAGUCAGCAAUCCACUAGCCAGCAAGAUAGCAGACCCAGCUGAGCCAAAGAAGGCCCGAGCUACCUUAUACAUCGCAACAGUGAAGAAGACCCUAAGCCAACAAAGCUAUAAUCUCUUCUCUGAGGCUCUUCAGCGCUACAGGACCACAGCUGACUUCAAUACUAUGUUGUCUCAAAUGAGUUCCCUUUUUACAGAGGAUGAGGAGAAGCAUUUCUUGCUGCGAGAAUUUUACCAGUUUGUUCGACCUCACCAUAAAAAACAGUUUGAUGAAGCAUGUUGCAAUCUGACCGGGGUGGGCUGUGGCUACAAACCUGAGCACAGCCUCCUGCUGGAAGAGAGAGAGGGACUGGCAAAGAAAAUAGAAGAGAAGGAGAGUCGGCAGAAAACAACGUUCUCAAAGAACUCAUGUGUUCAGCUAAACCCCGGGCUGCACUUGAACCAGGGAGGAUUUCACUUGACAACAGGACAGACUAGGGCAGGGGACAACGCCAGUCAAGCUACAAGUAGAGACGCGAAAAAUGUGUCAGGCUCUAGGAGAGAUCAGCACCAGGUGCUCAGGGCUACCUACCUCAACGAUGUGAAAAAGGCUUUGAAGGAAAGCGCUUACAGCCGUUUCCAUGAAGCACUGUUAGCUUACAAGAGGACGGAUGACUAUGAUGCUAUGAUACCAGUGAUAGCAGCCCUCACCACCGAGAGGCCUGAAGACUUUCAUCUCCUACAAAGGUUUACCACGUUUGUGCGCCCUCAUCACCAAGAGCAGUUCAGACAGGUCUGUAAAGAUCUCACUGGAAUGGCUGGUGCUGAUGAGCAGAAACAACAGCAGAUGCAGAAUGAAAAGAGCGCUGCGACCCUGGAGAGGUGGCUCACUAAAAGAGAAAGCAGCCCUAAGCAAGAUGGAGUUGUUCCUAAGAGUGAGGUUCCAGAAAGAAAUGAGGGAGAGGCUUCCUCCUCCUGCCUCAGCCAGAAAUGCAAACUGGAGUUACCAAAGACUGAAGGAUCUAAAGAAAUCAGUAACGUGAGAGCGCCCACGGCUCCUGGAGUUGUGCCUAGCUUACCACUAGAGUUGGAUCCAGAGUUUGGAAGAUACCAGUGCCCUAACUGCAAAUCUGAGGAUGAUGUGCCCUUAAAAUGCCCAUUGUGCAUCUUCACUUGCUGCAAAACAUGUUGGGAGCAGUUCUUAAAGGUUAUCUUGUUUCUUAUUUGGCCUGAAACCGAUAGGGAAUUCUGUGCUUUUCAAGAGAACCAUGUGAACAGCCCUGGAAAUCAAAUUCUUCUGUUUACAGGGAGGAAACCCAAGCCCUCAUGUUCAAGUUUACCACUUGAACAUUUCCUCUGUCAUCUUUAUUUCCCACGUUCUGCAGUGUGAUUGAAGGCAGACCUCUUCUGAGCUUAAUUCAAAUGCUUUCUCCUCCAAGGACAAGAGGAAAUGAUUUCAAACUAAAAGAAAGAGGGGAGGUUUAGACUGGAUAAAAGGAAGAAGUGCUUUAUGAUAAAGGCAGUGAAGCUCUGGCACAGGGUGUCCAGAGAUGAGGUGGGUGCCUCGUCCCUGCAGACACUCAGGGUCAGGCUGGGGGGCUCUGAGUACUGAUGGAGCUGUGGGUGUCCCUGCUCACUGCAGGGGGUUGGACCAGGUGGCCUUUAGAGCUCCCUUCCAACUGAAACCAUCCUAUGAUAAGAAAGAGUCAUUCCAAGAAUUGCUAGCACGCUUUUAUAAUCUCUGCUGCUCAAGACUCGAGCUGAUUGUUGAAUUGAAUGAGACCCCUGGGGAAUUUGUUCAUGAGGCAAGCAUUUAUGACCCCAUUCUUAGAAAUAAAAAGGGAGGUUGUUGCAUUGUCUCAGCCCAUAAAAAUCUGUCUUGUGCAUGCCCGGGGAAGAACUCAUUCCUUUUGCCAGUAAGACGUAGCUUGUAAUUAUGGUUAUGUCAGCUUAAGAAUUCACCAAACUAGAGCUGUGGUAUAUUAAGCAAUUUGUACCGUUGUACUAUGAUAUUCAUCCUGGGGAAGUUGGUGAUUCUGAGGUCUGAUUUUCUUGUCAAUCCUCACAUUGAUGUGCACUUUGAUAGCUCACAGAUAAAUCACAGAACUUGCUCAGCUUCUCAGCUUUUUUUAAUCCCCCUUUUGUGAUUGCACAUCUUUUAGGCUGGGAAUUAACAUGAGUAAACGAGAGGAGUAUAAUGGCAGACAUACUGAGUCAGAGUAAAGGUGCAUCCAGUCCAGCAUCCUGACUCUGGCAGCAGCCAGAAAAGUAUGGCUAGAAGAGAAUGUGUGAACGUGGCACGGAUGGUGGCUCUUGCAAGUAUUCUCUCAGACCUGAAACCGUUCGCAGCACAGGAAUUCCUGUGGACUUCUGUCACUCGUGUCCUAUGGCAAGCACUUCCACAGCGUAGUCAAAUGUUAUGUGAAGAACUGUCUCCAUUCUUUGUUGUCAUUUUGAACCUGCUUCUUGCUAGUUCAUUUUAAUGCCCCGCUUAUUUAAAAGGGACAACUACAGAGUUCUCCAGAAAACCCAUCAUGGGCAUCCUGUCCUUCAGAAGUGCACCUUCAGAGUUUUGGUCUUUCUACAUGCACUGAUAGUUUGAGCCAUCUGUCUCCUCUGUAGUCCAAUCAAAAUCUGUGUUUCUAAGAAUCUUUUUCUUGCUCUGAACCAGAAGCUGUUAUGUAGGGGAUGUAAGAAGCAUCUUCUCACCUGCUGAGGCUGUUUGUUCUGUAGUUCGAGCACCCAUCAAGGCCCAGUGUGGGCGAUGUUCUAUGGUCUUUGUUGUAUAGAACAUGAAACUAUAUGGUCUUGUCACUUUUUCUCUUUCCUCGUGACCCAUCCUUCUAGUGACAAAUGGUUCUCAGAGUACAGCAAUGUUAUUGAAAACUCAAUUAUCUUGAAGUUUUGGAUAUUACCUUAGGACUGAUGCAGCAAGACUUUUCCAGGUGAUCAGACAAAGGUGUGUUCUCUGUUCUUCAUGUGGAAGAGAGGGGAAAACGGCUUGCUGGAGAGCACAGGCUUGCAAACAAGCUGCUUGCAAAUAUCCCACGUUCCUCUAAAGCCAACCACAGAGGAAGCACCACCUGAUGCUUCCACCCCACUGCAAUCCCUGCUCUGGUUCGUGGUGCGGGCAGUUCCCCCAUGGAUAGCAGUAGCUGUUGUCUGAGCUCUCAUCAGAUGGUUUCAGGGGUUUGUCACCACUGACUAGAUUGGAUUUGAAAACUCAUCUAGGGCAAGUUACUCACACUAUAUUUCUUCAGUUCAAUUUCAGCUCAGUGCAUGUUGUCUUACUUGAGGAAGUGACUAACAGCCUUACUAAAAACUCACUGACUUAAGUUUUGCAAAUUACGUCCUUUCCAAUUUGUCGUGUUGCUGAAACAGCUCCGUGCUGGAGAGAGCCAGUGAAUAAUUUUUGAAAUGUUUCUGAAACUUUUGGAGGAACAGUCAGAAUUCCCUGCAGCCAUGUGGGUAUUAGAGAGAUUAGUGCUGGCUGAGGUGGGAGACUGCUGAUGCGUGAAGGGAAGUGUUGCAUGGAGCGCGCUUGCGUCUGCUGCCUUUGGCUUUAGUUUUCUGAGCAGAAGUCCACUGCUGCUUUUCAAUGUUUGAAUGCCUUGUUUAUUCAUGCUCUUCUUGUAGGCAUUCCAGAGAAACUGAACUUUAUUCUCCUUUGUGCUCUCUAGGUACACUGUGGGCAAAUAAAGGUUUGGCAAUUAUAUGUUACACUUAGCAUUUUCAGGAUUAUUUGACAAAGCAAUGUGUACAGGGAGGUAAAAUGAGUUUCUUCUCCCCUCCAUUUAUAGUGUUUUAUGUUUCUAGGAUCAAAAUACGGUGCCCUAACCUACUUUACAGUCCGUAUUUUGUGUUACAACUGUAAACUUCCAUAUGAGGGAAGGCUAUGGGCAAAGGUUUUCUGAAUGCAAGGUAAGUGAAGAAGCAUGCUGAAACCUGGGUGGAGAAACAGGUGCGUCACGUACCGUCUUCUGCUGGGUACCUGGGAAGGUGUGUGGUUGGAUGAAGAAAUAAACAUACUCCAUACCUCUAGAGGAAUCUUGGACCCGACCACACGUGUCACUGAUCUCCUGCUGUGCCCACUUCCUUCUCGUCCGUGCCAGAGGAAGUUCACGGAACUCCUCGGUGACCUUACAGGACUUUGCCAACAAGAAGCACUUCUGUACUUCACAACAGCUCUUGCAGGUUCUUUAAUCACAUUGUGUUUCCUUGUUCCUUGCUCUUCCAGGUGUCAUAGCUGUAAUUCAUCUGAGACAACUGCUCUAAAACUUGUCGCUACUUCAGCGGGCAGACUUUUUGUUUUCCUCUCUGUAUUGCUAGCAAUUAAAGCAGUGAUUGCGUGGUAACACCACAUCUAAAAAUAGUAGACAGGGUAUCUUGAGAACGUUGAGAUGACAAGCACUGGUUAUAUUUCAUAUCGGACCGUUGGACCACUGCAAGCUUGGCAGAGAAAGUUAAUAUAUAAUUAUGCACUUUCUUCAUUUGUUUUUAUAGAUGAAGAAGUGCCCGGAAUGCUGCUGUGAUGUGAAGAAGAAGCGCUUGGUUCGAGCUUACUUCUGGUAAUAGUCUCACUAACAGAAAGGGCAAGUGCUUCGUGUCAGCAGAAAUAAGCUCCUGCACUUCUGACCCCGAGCUGAAGGGAAGCUGAAGGAAGGUUGUUCCAAAUGUCUUAUCCGUGACUGGUGCACAUGCUGUGCACCAAAAUGUCAUUUUUUCCUGCAAACUGAUUGAGUCCGAAGGAUCAGGUGUUCACCGCUGGCAGAAGACAAAGCAGCGCUGUCCUCUGUUGGAACGAAGAUGGUGAAUUUCUUAUUUACUUUAGCCUGUGACUUUUAUACUGACUUAGCCCUAAUUGUGUAUCCUGGAGGAGGCUGCCAUCACUUGGCCCCUUCAGGUAACAUCCAUUCCUGGAAAAGCCCUGCAGCAGUACAGCGCUGGAAUGGAGCUGGCUGCAUUACCAGCCCAGACACCAGCCCAACGUGCCCCAUCGGGGCUCUUGGAAGAAGCAGUUCACGUUUUGCUGGUGCUUACCAGCAGCUGUUGUCUCCAAUAGCAGAAGAUACUGAAAGGGGGGAUUUCUUUCAAACGAAAUCAAGUGGUUGGAUGGUGAGCAGAGAUGCUCCGCUGUGCCUGCUGUGCACCCCAGAGCCCAGUGCCAUCCACAGUGCUGGGAUUUUUUGGAAAUGUGCUUCCCAGGAGGCUUUAUUUUUUGCCUAGGACUGGCAUUCCCGUUGUGUCAGUCUUAUUUGACCGUUAUCUUCCAAGAAGAAAAAGGACCUAAUUGAUUUCAGUCUUUAAAAUAAGUCAAGUGGAAUGGGUAAAAAAAGAAAAGUCUUCAAUACUUCCACUGUCUGUAAGUAGUGGGAAUAAGGAGUCAACUUAAAAAAAUAAAAUCAAUUUUAAGUCAUCAGUCACUUCUCUUAACUAAACCACAAAUAAAAACAUUUUUAUGUA